AUUACUAAUCUUUUUAUUUUGAGACUUAAAAAAUGGUACACAUGCGAAGUGUUUAAUGACGGACGUACAGGGACCACGUUUCAAAUUCAGGAUGGGUGGGGGACGAUCGAUACAUUUUCCCCCUUUUAAGAGCAUCGACACCUCCUCCUCUCCCCUCUCUCUGUACUCUCUCUCUCUCUCUCUCUCUCUCUCCACACCGAUCCCUUUACUGCGAGAUAAACCCUAAUCUCUGUCCUCUUUCACUUUCUCUCUCUAAAGCGAUUUCGAGGUGAGGUGAAGAAGCAUCAAACAAAGAGUAGCAGCAUAAUAAGGUGGAAGACGAAGCAAAAGCAUAUAUAGAGAGAGAAAGAGGCAUGAAGAACCUUUACCCGAAGGGGAAGGGACGGAUCCAUCCAUCUCCGUCGUCGUCGUCGUCGUCGUCGUCCUCCUCCGCCGGGGCCGCGGCGGACGCCAUGGCGGUGCUCCGGCUCCUCCCCGCGGCGAUCGUCGCCCUCACCGCGGCGCUCGGGGACGACGACAAGGAGGUGCUUGCGUACCUCAUCACCUGGUCCAUGAACGGCCCCGCGCCGCCGCCCUCCGCCGCGGCGUCGCCGGCGGAGCGGCGGCUCUUCCGCACGCCCGCCGCUGCGGCGGCGGCGCAGCAGCAGCAGCAGCAGCACCGGGCGCUCUUCAGCUGCGGGUGCUUCGACUGCUACCGCAGCUUCUGGAGCCGGUGGGACUGCUCCCCCGAUCGCGAGCUCAUCCACCAGGCGAUCGACGCGUACGAGGACCACGUCGCCGCCGCGCAAUCGGAGCUCCACGCCGGCGGCUGCGGCGGCGGAGCGAGGGCGACGCGGCGGCGGGAGCGGCGAUCGUCGGAGAAGAGAGAGAAAGCUAAAGCGAAGAGGGGGAUCAUGAGCAGCGAAACGAGGAGCGUUUGCGACGAUGGAGAGGCGGUUAUAAAGGAGGCGGAGGGGGAGGGGGAAGAGGCGGUUGCGGUGGCCGUUGAGGAGGGGGAGAAGCUUCUAGAAGCGGGGGAGGAGAAGCUUCUAGAAGAGGCUAGUAGGGAGAGCGAGGAUACUAGAGAAGGUGCGAAGGAGGCGGUGGCGGUGGAGGUGGAGGUGGAGGUGGAGGUGGAGAGGCGGAGGGGGUGGGCGGACGUGACGGGAUUAUUCAAUCCGCGUUUUUGGGGGCUUUGGCGUCCGGGUGUCUGAAGAGAAGUGUUCUUUAUUUUUAAUAUUUUCCUUUUUUUGGUUUAAUUUUCGAAAAUUAGGGGGGAAAAAAGUAAAAAAAAAAAAUAGAAAAAGAAAAUAGAAAAGUAGUAAAAAAAAAAAAUAAUAAGAACACGAGUUGUGGCGUUGUUGUAAUUUUUAGUUGUGGCUUUUUUUUUAAAAUUUGGUUUUGUGUAUUUUGUAUAUUUUUGGCCUACUAAUAUGAUGGGUAUUUUUGGCUUUUUUGAUGUAAGAGUUUUAUUAUUAUUAUUUUAUUUAGAUAAAACAAGUGAAUGUAACGAAUGGAGCGACGACACGUGUCGUCGUGUGGUGGACCCGGUUCAGAGAACUCCCUUAUGUGGCCUGGUCGGUUUGUCGCCGUUAUAUAUUAUUUAACUUUAAAUUUUCGACGUGAGUAAAA